UCGCCAGCAUUGGGAAAGUUUGAGUGGCACUUAGAAAUAGUCCAAUACUUGGACCGUGCAAUAAUUAUUUCGCUGCAUCGGCAGAGUUAAAAUCGUCACGCCGUCAUCUUUGUUAUAAAGCUAUUUGACGUCUCAAUAAAAUCGAAAAAACUUGCGAAACUUUAAAAUGCUUUGUGACAUCCAGAUAGCAGAAUAAUAAUAGAUAGAGAAUAAUAAUUAAAAAGUGCAGGCAGUCGGGAGGAAAUAUUAGAAAAGAAAGCGGAAGGAGAAAGGAUGAAAAGCAAGAGUUAUUACUUGCGAUCGAGCGAGCAUUUUAAAUGUUUGGAUUGAAAGAGAGGAAAAUCGAACUGCAGAAAAAUUGAGAAGAGGGCAAUUAAGGAGGAGAGAAUCGAGUAAGGGCCGAAUGGGAAUCGAAACGUGAAAAGGUAGAAAUGAAUUCAAGUGGAUGAUUCGGCUGAGGUUCAGCGUAUCGAAGGAAUAGAAGUGAAGAGAACAAAAUGGGAUUUUAUUCGGUGUUUUAGUGAAAAUAUAUAUCUGCGUAGUGAUUAAAAUAAAAGCCGCCGAAAAUUUGGUUGUUUCGGAUUGAAAAUCGGCGAUAAUUAACGCAAUUGUAUAAUUAAUUAAACUGAAUUUCCGAGAGGAGGCCUGAGUUUUUCGACGCAUAUUAGAGAGAGAUAUUUUAAAGAUAUUUCAGCGAAAUUAGACCAGAAAUUGCGGGGUAAACUUACGGAUGAAUAUCGUGCUUUAGGAAAUUCGCUUAAUUAAAAAUCCGCCGAUUAUUUUUUAAUCGGUACUUCUAUAAAGUGCUGAUUAAGUAUCAUAAUGAUACUAUAGUAGUAGUAUUAUUCAGUUCCUUAUCAAGAGUAAGUGUAACAGCCGGACUUCCACAAUACGAAAGAGCGACAGUGAAACUCAUCGAAAAUUCAUCCGGCGUUUUGCGCAACUCGAGGAAUAAAUUGCGACCAAACCAAGAGGGAUCGUUGGAAAUUCAUUCGGCAUAUCAGAUUCUCGCGUAGAAGCGAAGUAAUUAAAGAAAACCCGUGAGAAUGUUUAGGCAACCACGAAGAAGGAUAAUUGAAAAUUCAUGUAACGUUUUAGCUCCUUUUUUUCUUUGCGAGAGGUGUGAAGGAAAAUAAUUGGCGGUCCAUUGGACAUCUUAAUUGACUGUGUAGAGAAAAAAAACACUAAGAAGGAAGAUAUUGACUUUGAUUCUCGAGGAGGAAGAGGCGAAAUUCCAAACGAUCGACAUAAUGAAAUUAGUUUGGUAUAUUUGAGCGGGAAUUUAGAUGGUUGAAUUAAAGAUUCAAUCGGCUACUUGCGCGAACUCGAAGGUGCGAACAAAUCGCCUUCGACAAGUCAUUUGAACCAAUAUUUUAUUCGAUUUCGAGGGAAACAUAUAAUGCAGUGAAAAUCGAUGAGCAGAGGAAACGGAGGAGUUAAGAAAACGCGUGAGAAAUGUCACUGAAUGUGAAAAAUUAUUCGUAGCAAAAUCCAACGUCUCGCGUUCGACAAGUAGAGAAUGCGUCCGUUCGUGAAGACUGUUGAGGCAGGAAGAGGAAAACAGUCGUGAAGAAAAAGCGCGGAAAACUAAAGAAAUUCCGGAGCCUGUCAAACGAUUCCAAGUUCCGUGGUCUUUCCGUUCGGUAAAAAUCGAUCGUUGAGAAAUAAAAUCUUUCAUCGGUUUGUUUUUCGCGGAAACUACCACAGAAAAUAUUAACUCGGAAUCGAAAGUCCCUGACAGCGAAUAAAACCCACCCAUCCACCCACGUUCGAAAAAAGAGUGGGCGGAGGAUCGUUGGAAAGGGGAGGCGUGCGAAGUCGUUUAGCGAAACUGAUUUACGCGGAAUCUACACCCCGGGAAUUUUCAGUAUCCCCGGCAUCGAUCGACCCCUGCUACGCCCUGCAUUUCCGACACGUCGACAAACGAUCAUGAGAGAUCACGAGAAGCUGCACCAAAAAUUCGCCGUUCUCGCUACUCGGGGCGGAACGUGAUCGUACUUCAGGAAGUCGCCGAAAAGUCAGACAUCGUUUUAUUUGCUCUUUUCCCAUAUAACGCCAGUGAAUAGAAGUUCUGUGAAAGGGGGUGAGUACGAGAAGAACAUCGGGGGAAAGGUUGCAAUUUCCGGCCGGCCACGUAACGGUAAAUUCAUUGCGUCGGGGGCGUAAUCCUGAGGGACGAGCGCGCGUAGGGCAUUCUGAAUCGAGAUUUCUUAUGGAUGACUUAGGGCACAAAUGCGCGUCCCACGGCGCCGUUCAUUAAGGGUAACACGUAUACACUUGAACUUUUCGCCCUUUUUCUCCAUUCACCGGUACGAUCGAAGACGACGAGAAAGUACCAGCGCGAAAAACAAAUGGAAGAAUCCUGACUCGCGACACGAAUCGUAAAUAGGCGAAAAUGUGAUUGUCAGGAGGACUUAUGUUCUGUCGAGCAUACAUUUUGUCACAGUGGAUUACAAGGAACACUCGACAUAAGCGAGAGUCUUACGCGAAGAUCUAGUGAAGCAUAUAACGCAGAAGCGAGGUGAGAAUUGAAGGAAUUUAAUCGAAGUGUGAUAAGAAGAAAAAUAAUUUUUACUACAUCUUUUUCUUUCUCUUUCUCAUCAUUCCCGAAGUUGUUAAAUAUAGAACGACGGAAGCAAUCUGAUUUUUUCGUCUUAACGAGCAACUAUUUAUACGCACUCGUAAUGAAGAUUCUCUCGGCACGGAAAAAAAAUCGGUAGUUGAGAAAUAGGGAUUUUUAUUCGACGAAAGAUCGUAUUCGUUACUGAGUCGAGCUGGAAAUGUAGUCUCAGCCGCAAAACGAGCAACAAGAAUUGCUGAUCCGGUAUCAUUCAACGUCGAGAGAAGAGCAAUAUUUGAAAGAAAAAUAAUUUUUAUUCGUAGCAUCACGUAGGGAUCGCGAUGGUAAUCUGUUCGUGCAGAAGCAUUCGAUCGUGCGUGUUCAAAUGUGAAAGUUCAAAGCGUUUCGAAGACACCAAUAAAAAGAAUGUAUCUUUUUCUAGCAAGGCAUGACUUGGAAAUUGAUUUAACGACAGUAUAUUGUAAACCGUCAGCUUUUCUUCAGUUAAAUCGGAACAUUUGUUAGAGAUUUGAUAUUAUAUUUAUUAUUCCCGCGAGAGAACGCAUCAAUGCAUCAAUCUUAGAAAAAACGAGAUAUGUUUCAUUCAGAAAUUUUUUAUGUGAAAAAAAUUUCGUGUACUUCCGCAGAAUUUGUAUAUUUGUAAAGCAAAAUUAUCGUGGGCGAUUAGCACUUCUCGGAAUCACCGUCGAUUUAUAUAUAAUAGGAAGAUUCGCUCACAGCUUCCUGGAAGCACUUGGUCGCAUUUUAUCAAACUAGGAAUCGGGAAACGAGGUGAAAUCAUGAGAAAAGGGGUACUUAACGGGUCGUUUCGACGUCAGUAAAAUUCGUGGUAAACGCCAGUCGACGAUCGCGCCUAAUAGAGGCGACGACGCUGUUUUCAAUUCCCGUCGGGAUAACGUCGGUCUCUCGAGCGGAACGAACGACGGAAAACUUCCGUCGGAUUCGAUUUUGUAACGGGAGGAGGAGCGAGUGGUUGCCGGAGACGGUGGUAGAGGGUCGGUGGGUUACGGGGUAGGUACGUGAUCGUCGUAGGAUGGCUUGUGCGGGGGAGUGAAAAGUGCAGUCAAAGCAGUAUAGCGUGGCUAAAGCCUCCGGAAGAGAGAUUGCAGGCCGCUGCAGGUUCUAAUAUAUCCGCGGCGAGGGGAAAAAAAAGAGGAGAGAGAGAGAGAGAGAGAGAGAGAGAGAGAGAGAGAUGCAAGACAGAUGCUGCGAUAGAAGAAGAGAAACCGACGAAGAUCGGUUGCAAGCGAGCGGUGUCAGCGCGUUAAGGGAUGCCAGCUAUACACCUUCCCUUUCCUGUAUUGCUGCUGUCUUUUUUUAGGAAAACGCUAAUGGAUCGGUGGCACGUGGAUCGUAUGACAAUACAAAACUCGAUGACAGACAAUUAGGGCGAUUUCAUCGAAACAGUUUUUGUCAGGGCUCCAACCUUCUCCGCGUUGCGUCAGUGGGAUCGCGCGAGAUAGUGUUGAAGUAUCAGUAGUAUCACAUUUGUAGAGUCACGCGUUUCAUUCGAUUGAAAUAGUACCAAGUAUAAAUGCGAACGAAAGAAUAGUCGCGUAGAAUUCGAAUGUAAAUAAUUAAACGUAUCCGGGGAAGUAACUAGGAAAUACGCGUUGUGAAUUACGAAAGACUCGAUCGAUUGAUGUCAAGGCGAUUGUUGCAGAUCAUGCACUCGAAAUUCGCGACGCUAGGAAAAUGGGAACAGUGACAAGUGAGCCACAGAUAUCCGAAACACAAACUAGAUCGUAGCUUGUUAAAUUCGAUAGCCUCGGCGAGCUGUCUAAAAUGACACGCUGUUUAAACGCUGCGUAACGUUAGACAUCAUUCGAGAUGCAACGUUAGCGACUAUGUGUAUGCUGAGAGCGAGUGUUAUCGAUUAUCCGGGGAUAACGUUUUGCGACCCUGUUUGCGGGGUCCACGAAACUAAAGCAUCGGAUUGACUAUCGGGCAGUGUAUGAUCAAGUGUUUCGGCAAGCGUGUAUACGUGCGCAUUAACGAGCUCAUCCGACCGUAAUCGUGGGAAUAUUGAUGGAAAUCCACGGGGAUUGGUCUUCAAUUAACGACCGCGUUCGACGAAAAAUUGGAAAUAAUUUUCGAUAAAUGAGAAAGGCAAAGAACUUUGUUGUAACAGUUAAUACUACGUUGAUAGUAUAAAAACAAGUGUAAUUUAUUUAACAAACUUGAAAUAGUGUUUAAGAAAAUCCAGUGACAAUCUUGAGAAUAAUUCAGAAACGAGCUGCAAUUCCUGUCUUCAUUCUGUAACGUAAAGAUACUUAAAUUAAGUGGCGUAAUAUAAAGUUGCUUGAUGUAACAUCUCGCGUAAGAUAUAAAUUAAUUGAAAAAUUAAUUCAGAAGUUAAACGUAAUUAAUCGAUAGAUUAAUAUACGAUGAAAGCGUGAUUGUUCCUCGGGUUCAAAGACCAUGAUAAACAUCGAGCUUCCUCCAGUUCUAGUUCUACCGUCGAGUGAAUCGAUCGGCCAGUCAUAAAAUCUUCACUUAUUAUUUCUGGUAGUGCGAGAGGAUCGUGGUGUUCUGUGAAAACUGCAAAGACCAUAGUGUAUUUAAUCAUUCUGAGUUACAUUUAAGUGUUAACGCAGAAGAACCUUGAUCCCGUUACGACGGCUCGCGAUGUCUCGCGCGUCCUACCGAGUUCGCAUCACCCUUCGUCGUCACCGUGUCCGAUAUCUUCUGGAGUCCUCCGACAGGAUCACAUGGGCGUACCCGAGGACCGCGAGAGUUAAUUAAAAUGCGAGACCUGAACGCCACCGCAUGCGCUGCUUUGUACGACGGCGUCGAGUGGUCAAGUCUGUGGAACGUGAUUACCUUAAUCGUUCUGGCGAUCAUCGAUGUCAUGGUGGUGGUAGGUAACGUCCUAGUCAUUCUGGCCGUCUAUUGUACCAGCAAGCUGAGAAACGUGACGAAUAUGUUCAUUGUGAGCCUGGCGGUCGCCGAUCUGAUGGUCGGCGUCGCUGUCCUACCGUUCAGCGCAACCUGGGAGGUCUAUAAGGUUUGGAUAUACGGAAACCUUUGGUGCUCCGUGUGGCUUGCGGUUGACGUUUGGAUGUGCACGGCAUCGAUAUUGAAUUUAUGCGCCAUCAGCUUGGACAGGUACUUGGCUGUGACCAGACCAGUCAGUUAUCCUCAGCUUAUGUCGACGAAGAGGGCUAGAUUGCUGGUGGCCACCGUUUGGGUUUCGAGCUUCGUUAUCUGUUUUCCACCUCUAGUGGGCUGGAAGGACAAACGGUCGCAUACCACGUACAAUGACACGUUUCCUCUAUAUGGCCCGUCCAACACCACCACUAUACUCGUGCCGAUGAAGCCAUGCCCAUGGAUCUGCGAACUGACCAACGACGCCGGCUACGUUGUUUACAGUGCUCUAGGCUCCUUCUAUAUACCAAUGCUGGUGAUGCUAUUUUUUUAUUGGCGAAUCUACAACGCCGCAGUUUCCACGACGAGAGCUAUUAAUCAAGGUUUUCGGACAACAAAAGCCUCGAAAAUGCUUGGCAGCAGGUUCGACGAACAAAGACUGACCUUAAGAAUACACCGUGGCCGAGGUAGCGUCCACAACGGCAGUAACAACGGCAAUUCGAGAAGUCCGGACUCGAGCAGCCGCAGCUCCGUGAAACGAGAAAAGAUCAAGAUCUCAGUCUCCUAUCCCAGCACCGAGACGCUCAACACGAAGUGCAACACCCUCGAAAGGACACCGUCGAGAUGUUCGCAAAUCUCGGUCCAUUAUAGCAACGGACAGACGCAGACGCAGCUUUGUCCAGCCUCGCGAAACACGCAUCUUAAGGUGAAGAGAUUUCGCAUGGAAACGAAGGCGGCGAAGACCCUGGGUAUCAUCGUCGGCGGCUUCAUCUUGUGCUGGCUGCCUUUCUUCACCAUGUAUCUGGUGCGCGCGUUCUGUCCGAAUCACAUCCAUCCAACCGUCUUCAGCGUACUGUUUUGGCUAGGAUACUGCAAUUCCGCAAUAAAUCCGUGUAUCUAUGCCCUCUUCAGCAGGGACUUCCGCUUCGCUUUCAAGAGAAUCAUCUGCUGCAAGUGCUCCUGCAUACAACGCGCCAACACCUUGCGACGUGGCAGUGACGGCAGUCAAUUGGCAAUGAGGAACGAACGAAGCCCGAGUUACUCGAUUCGCACGGCUCAGCACGGGACCUCCAUCGACGACUCGGAUCCGGAUCCGUCAUUGGAGGCGAGCCAUUCGCAGAGUGAGUCCAGAUGAUUGUAGCGACACGUCCGAGCUGGUACGCAGCGCGUCACCUUCAAUCCCCGAUCCUCGAAAGCGAGGAUAUUCUCAUUCUGAUGACGGUAGUGCUCCGAGAGCCGCGCUCGACACUUCCUCGUGGCCCUCUGCACGUCAUAACGACGAUGAGUCGCGGCCACUUUGACGCUUAGUGUGCCAACGUAAAUCAGUUUCUCCAUUCUACCAGACUAAUGUUGCGUCAGCAGUUCCCGUAAAUUAGAACACUCGGGUGAAACUGGAAACUCCCAGACUCUAUCUCCGUCUCACCGCGAAUGUACGAAAUCGGUAGGCGAGUAACAGUCAGAUAACAAGCGACAAGUAAGAUGGGUGAGCAACGUGCCACUUGCUUAACUUGUCUCGUUACUCUGUCGUCGAAAAGAAAAAAAAACCGAUGCUUAGCUUGUCUACGUAUAAUCUCGCUACAAUGGCGACUUUACGCCAGGUCAACAGGGCUGUAAUACUCGGGUAGUUUCUUGAGUGAGGUGAGCAAAUAAUUUACUGCUUGAUCUGCUCCCUUGCUAAAUCGCGUGAUCUCGUAAGAAUUCACACAAAAUCAGCGGAGGGGUAAGUCAAGCAGAGGAUUGCUUUCCUCGUUUUUUUUUGUCAUCUACUACCGUUGGAAGGAAAGGAAAAGCAAAGAAAAAGGAAAGCAAGCUAAAUGCUGUGCGAUUUGCCUUUGCACUGUAAUUGCGACGAAGUCGACGGAAACGGAGUACCAGGUGGAGCUUUGCGAUACGCGUCUACGCGGAAUUGGAUUCCAGCGCGAUAGACCCAGAACGCGGCGCUUCAUCUGUAAGAAGCGAAAGAAAAAGAAGAAAAGGAAAAAUCGACUUCCCUACGCAGAUCUUAUGUAGGAACGCGCUUCCUCGCGAUAAUCGUCGCUACGCUUCGAUUUGUACUUUUGGGCUACGCGAGAAGCUUCGCAUGCGGUUUAUAUCCUUCAUAAACGACCGUCUUCUUGCGUCCGGUAGACGCAAUAAAUUAUCCGACAUAAUUAUGAUGAAUUCGGUCAUUCACUGGUUAGUGCACAUUUUUAAAAAAAGGCUGCUUUAUAUAAAGUAUCUAAAUGCAUUGGCAUUUAAUACAAUUAACUUUGAUAAUGAGAUAAUACGUGUAUAUUCUGUUAAAUAACUUAAUAUCAUUAUUGGAUAUUUAAUUGUUCAAAAUCAUGUACAGCAGCUUUUAGUGUGCAUUAAUCUAGUGUGAUGCAAAUGACCGAAUUUGCUAUUAGUAUAUACGUUACGUGUGUCCCGCGCAGAUCACCGGAGAAUGAUCGGUCGUUUACUAUACCAGGAGAUGAUAAUCUCCAAUAAUUUCGAAUAAUAUGUAUGCAAUCGGUGUGCCUUCUUUCGUCAUCCCCGUAAUAGAGUGCACCGUUUUUGCGACGAGAGAAAGUUAUCCGCUCUCUGUUCUUCCAGACGCACAGAGUCAUUUUGCAACGUUAUUUAUUUGUUUCGAUAUAUGUUAUUCGCACAAGCGAAUUACACGUCGUGUAGCUUCUAGUCUCUCAGUCCGAAACCUAUCCCGGUUUCGUGCGGACGAUCGAAUCGGCCGAUCGACUCCUAUAAUUCGUCUUGAUCGUUCGCAACGUCUGCAUGGAAAGAAUAAUUUUGAUGAAGUAUUUAAAAAUUUAGUUAGAUACAGAUAUCAAAAUA